CGGAGAAGCCGAGAGUGGCGGCUACUGAGCGCUGCGUCCCCUUUCCCGAAGCGCUUCCCGUUUCUCUCCUUCCUUCCUUCCCCCAGUCCCCUCCCUCCCACACAGGCAGGGACUUCCACACGCACCUAUCCGAGCAGCCGCGCCACCGGGGGGAGGGAGGGCAGCGAGAGUCUGAAGGGCGGAAACCCCCUCCCGGGUUCGGGAAAGGCCUGGUCCUAGAGGGCAGCCAUGGCAGGAGUAGGCGGAGGGAAUGAUUUCCAGUGGUGUUUCUCGCAAGUGAAAGGUGCCAUAGACGAGGAUGUGGCGGAAGCUGAUAUUAUUUCAACUGUCGAGUUCAAUUGUUCUGGAGAUUUGCUAGCUACAGGCGACAAAGGCGGGAGAGUUGUUAUAUUCCAAAGGGAACAAGAGAAUAAAAGUCGUCCUCAUUCGAGGGGUGAAUAUAACGUUUACAGCACUUUUCAAAGCCAUGAACCUGAAUUUGACUAUUUAAAAAGUCUAGAAAUCGAAGAAAAAAUUAACAAAAUUAGGUGGUUGCCCCAGCAGAACGCUGCUCACUUUCUACUGUCUACCAAUGACAAAACUAUAAAAUUGUGGAAAAUAAGUGAGCGAGACAAACGAGUUGAAGGCUACAACUUAAAGGACGAUGACGGCAGGCUGCGGGAUCCAUUUAGAAUUACAUCUUUACGGGUGCCAAUCCUAAAACCCAUGGACCUAAUGGUGGAAGCAAGUCCACGACGGAUAUUUGCAAAUGCGCACACAUAUCAUAUAAACUCAAUUUCCGUAAAUAGCGAUCAUGAAACUUACCUUUCAGCAGAUGACCUGAGAAUUAAUUUAUGGCAUUUAGAAAUUACAGAUAGAAGUUUUAACAUUGUAGAUAUUAAGCCUGCUAACAUGGAGGAGCUGACAGAAGUCAUAACGGCUGCAGAAUUCCAUCCCCAUCAUUGUAACGUGUUUGUCUACAGCAGUAGCAAAGGAACAAUUAGACUUUGUGACAUGCGAGACUCCGCGCUCUGUGAUAGACAUUCAAAAUUUUUUGAGGAACCAGAAGACCCCAGCAGCCGGUCGUUUUUCUCCGAAAUAAUUUCCUCAAUAUCAGACGUCAAGUUCAGCAACAGCGGCCGUUACAUGAUGACUAGAGAUUACCUGUCUGUAAAGGUGUGGGACCUUAAUAUGGAAAGCCGGCCAGUAGAAACCUAUCAGGUUCAUGAAUACCUACGUAGCAAGCUGUGUUCUCUGUAUGAAAACGACUGCAUUUUUGACAAGUUUGAAUGCUGUUGGAAUGGAUCAGACAGUGCAAUUAUGACCGGUUCCUACAACAACUUCUUCAGAAUGUUUGACCGCAACACGCGCCGGGACAUCACACUGGAAGCCUCUAGGGAAAGCAGCAAACCACGUGCCAUCUUAAAGCCGCGCAAAGUCUGUACGGGCGGCAAGAGGAAGAAGGACGAAAUCAACGUCGACAGCUUAGACUUCAACAAAAAGAUCCUCCACACAGCGUGGCACCCUACAGACAACAUCAUCGCUGUCGCCGCCACCAAUAAUUUGUAUAUAUUCCAGGACAAAGUUAACUAAAAGAAAAAUGGCAUUAUUACUUUGUUUUUUUUUGUUUUGUUUUUGAGGACAAAGUCUUGUUCUUGCAUAGUUAAGCCUAGUUGUUUAUCUGUAAGAGAUCAGGCCUCCUUGUCCUCCUCCCAAAACCAACAUGGAUGCACUUCCCUUUAAUAGAAACACACAGAGAGAGAGCUGGAUUGUCAUGGUAAGAGGUCUGGCCUCCCCGUAAGGGGGGGGAAAGGCACAAGGUUCCCCCAAAAACAAAACGUCAGAAGUGAUGAACAUCUCCCAGAAGCCUGAGCCUUCCUUUCCCACAUUUUGACCAAAAAAACGGGGAUAAAAUCGUAAAAUGUGAUUGUGAUUUUUUUUUUAUACUGAAUUAAAUUUGACACCAUUUUCUUUCUGCUGUUCUCUUUGGGCCUCUGAGAACAUACACUGUGUUAUGCCUGUAACAUUCCUCCUCUGGCCUUUAUUUGGGCAAAGUGUUUUUUUUUAAUUUAUAUAAUCCGAGCACUUAGCUAGAACUCCUCAGGUCAGCUGACCUUUUCCCAUGUCUAUUUACUGGCUGUACUAAUGGCAGUGCCACCUGCUGGAACCACUAAAUAAGAAACAAAAUAAACAUUUACAAAAGUGUUUUUUAGAUCUGACCAGAAUUCAUUGGAAUUUCCCCUAAAAUGUUCUUUCUUAUCGCAUGUUCCUGAGCCGCGAGCGGUUCUAUGAAAUGAUACCAAGAUCAAAUCUUCAAAACGGUUCUCUGAAAUAGGACUUUGGUCUCCAUGAGCUUAAAAAAAAAAUGAAAAACCUACAGGGAUUUUGCACAGUAUUAUGGGAUAUUUUAGCUAGACAACUUACGGACUAUACCUUUUGUGCAUUAUAUUUUUUUACUAUUUUUUUUUUUUUUUAAUUUCCAUUUUGCAUGCCAUCCGCCAUUGUUGCACUUCAAGCCCCUCCCCCCCCAGAUCUGUCUUUAAAAAAUUUCGUUAUGCCAAACUGUUUAGCGUUGGAAGAAUGUACAGUGAACAAAUAGGUUUAACCUUCGUGCAUCCGCUUGACACUAAUUAGUCCGGUUCCCUAGAGCUCGCGUAGUCGCCACCCUGAGUCGCGGGAAGCGCAGACUCGUGCCAAGUGGAUUUUGUGCCUCCCCUGGCGACGAACAGAGGCCCCCGACCCGCUCUGUUUUAGCCAAGAACUCGAUGGUCAAUUAUAAUUCCGACAGUUAAUAUGCAAGAACAAAAUAUGUACCUCAUCCCUAAUUUAUGUCCAUAGAGUGCCACCCUCGCCCGCAUUAGGCCUAGCUACAAGAGAAAACAAAUCAUUUACAUUUCUACAAAAAAAAAAAGAGAAGACUAUCUGACUAUACUGUAUAUGGGUUGUGACACUAUAUUUCCAGAUGCUGAGUUGUGGAACUUUUUGGCCGUUACAAAAAAAAAAAAACCUGAGAAUCCGACUACAUUCAUAGAAGUGAAAACAAAGGAAAAGAAAAAAAAAA